UGGGAAGCUCUAUGCAGCUGUAAAGCAGCAUACUUAUGAGACAGGCAGGAACAGUUGCUAUUACGAGACACACUCCCUCCUUCCUGCGUAUCCGGAUCCCUGGUGACUGUUUUAACAGUAGUUUAUUUGAACGCAGUUUCUUGAUUUCGUUGGAAGAUGGAGAGCGGCAUCUCCUGCUUGCCCGCAUCUGACUAAGCUGAAUUAUUCAUUUUCCGCGUCAGUUAGUCGCGGUUCUCCUUUUUCUGAAUAUCACAGUGUGGUGUUUUUUCCCCUCCUUUUCUUUUCCUUGGAGUAGAGAGGCUCAGCCUCAGAUGUCACCCUGACAGCCCUGUGAACUGCAUGAUUCGAAAAGAGACGCUUAGCAAGCAAUUUCAGAUUUUUUGAGGUGAGUAAACCCGCGCAGGAUUGUUUCGGUUUAUCGGGUGGGUGCUGCUGCUUAAUUUUUCUGCCUGAACCGUUCAGUCCAACUUCAGCGAGCCCUAUACAUAGGCUAAGCAUCUCUAUGGACUGGGUGUUCCAGCAGCACCAUUUACAUUCGUUUCCUUUUCCUCUCUCGUGAACUGGAGAGAAGUUGUUUUGCGGUCAAGUUGUUUUGCCUUUUGUCCCUGCUUUCUUAACGCUGAGGUGGGCACAGUGUCUUUAGUUCAUUCCGAACUGAAAUGCUUCAUGGAGAUACAACGACAUUGGGAACCCUACGAGAGAAAUAUAUUUUUUAACAAGUGAAGCCUGUCAAGAAGAGACGCAUAGGCUGAAAUCUGAGCGAUAGCCUACCUACGUCUGAAUGGGAGCACCGCGUCUCAAUGCACUGCCAAUGUCCGUCUCUCAAGAAACCACAUUUACAAACGCUUACGGUUACUAAAUGGUUUUCUGGGGGAUUUAUAAAAGGCAAAAUGCUGCUUCUAGUUCUGUUGGCCUUUUCCGUAUCGAGUACGUUUUCUGACUUGGAUUCUGACCUCUCAGCGGAGACCUGCAGCGCCUGUUCAUGCAUGUCCAUCGAGAACGUCCUAUACGUGAACUGUGAGAAAAUAACUGUGUACAGACCUACCCAGCUGCUGCCCCCGGUCUCUAGCCUCUAUCAUUUGAAUUUCCAAAAUAACCUAUUGAUUGUCCUUUACCCCAACUCCUUUCUCAAUUUCACACACGCAGUCUCUCUUCAACUGGGAAACAACAAACUACAGAACAUCGAGGGAGGGGCCUUUUAUGGCCUUAGUUCAUUGAAACAGCUUCAUUUAAAUAACAAUGAAUUGAAAGUGCUCCGAGCUGACACUUUCUAUGGGAUCGAAAACUUGGAAUACCUCCAGGCUGACUACAAUUUGAUAAAGUAUAUUGAAAAAGGAUCCUUCAACAAAUUGCAUAGGCUGAAAGUUCUCAUCCUGAAUGACAAUCUAGUCCAGAUCCUUCCUGAUAACAUUUUUCGCUUUGCCUCCCUUACACAUUUGGAUAUAAGAGGAAAUAGGAUCCAGAAGCUACCAUAUCUGGGAGUUUUGGAACACAUUGGACGUAUAGUGGAAUUGCAGCUCGAUGACAACCCAUGGAAUUGCACAUGUGAUUUGUUACCCUUGAAAGCUUGGUUGGAGAACAUGCCCUAUAACAUUUUUAUUGGGGAGGCUAUAUGUGAAACCCCUAGUGACCUGUAUGGACGACUGUUGAAAGAAACAAACAAACAGGAACUGUGUCCCAUGGGAACAGGUAGUGACUUUGAUGUAAGGAUGCCCCCUUCACAGCCAGAAAAUGGCCAAACAACAUCCGACAAGGCCCCCACUACGAUACCUCCCAUAGCCACCAAAGCUCCCAAAACAACAAACCCAUCUAAGAUUUAUGGUAACGGGAUUGUUGGUUUACCCGGUUUGAAUAAAAAUAUUCAAAUUAUGUCCUAUCAAACAAGAACCCCACCUCUCUCCUGCCCACAGCCGUGCACCUGCAAAGCUCACCCCUCAGACUUUGGCAUCAGUGUGAGUUGCCAAGAGAGGAGUAUAAACAAUCUAGCAGAUCUCAUUCCCAAGCCACCAAAUGCCAAGAAGCUCCACCUGAGUGGAAAUUAUAUCCGAGAUAUCAGCCCAGUUGAUUUCCAAGGCUUUGAGGGUUUAGAUUUAUUACAUUUGGGCAGCAAUCAAAUAGUCACAGUUCAAAAAGGGGUCUUUGCCAAUCUGACCAACCUGCGUAGGCUUUAUCUCAAUGGGAACCAACUAGAGCAGCUGCAUCCUGAGAUGUUCCUUGGGCUCAGUAACCUCCAAUACUUGUAUCUGGAAUACAAUGCCAUACAAGAGGUGUUAGCAGGGACCUUUGACUCCAUGCCAAAUCUGCAGUUGUUGUACCUGAACAAUAAUGUGCUAAGGAGCCUCCCUGCCUAUAUCUUUGCUGGCGUUUCCCUGGCUAGGCUAAAUCUUAAGAACAACCAUUUCAUGACUCUGCCUGUGAGUGGUGUCCUAGACCAGCUGAGGUCUCUCACUCAAAUUGAUCUGGAAGGCAAUCCCUGGGAAUGCUCCUGUGAUUUAGUAGCUCUGAAACUGUGGCUGGAGAAGCUGAAUGACGGAGUGGCUGCGAAAGAGGUCAAAUGUGCAUCCCCAGUGCAGUUUUCCAAUAUAGAGCUACGGCUGCUAAAAAAUGAGAUCCUGUGCCCCAAACUCAUAGCUAGGCCCCCUUUCAUCUUGACCAGUACUACUCCAAUGGUGACCUCCAUGUCCCCAGCAGGGGUGGGCAAGGCCCCUCCAGGAGGUCCAGUUCCCCUAUCCAUCAUGAUCCUCAGUGUCUUGGUGGUGCUCAUCAUCACAGUGUUCGUUGCUUUCUGCCUCUUGGUGUUCGUGCUGAGGCGCAACAAGAAGCCAGCCGGACGCCAGGAGGGCAUGGGGAACCAGGAGUGUGGCUCCAUGCAACUCACGCUCAGGAGACACAACAAAUCUAACAAGAAAGAUGAUCUGGGAGGGGAGACGUUCAUCCCCCACACUAUCCAGCAUAUGAACAAGAGUCACACCUGUGGGAUUAGAGACUCUGAGUCAGGCUUUAAGUUUGCUGACUCCCAGAGACAGAAAAUAAUCCUGCUCAACAGCGCUGACCAAGACAAGGACUCACUGUCCUCCCUGGAUCCACGCAAUAAGAGACUGAGCACCAUUGACGAGCUGGAUGAGUUCCUGCCAAGAGAAUCCAACAUGUUUAUUCAAAACUUUUUAGACAGUAAAAGGGGGGAUUUCAGCAGUAUAGGUGGGAGUGGAUUUCAGAUCCGUUACCCCGAGAAACCACAGGACAAAAAGAUGAAAAAGUCACUAAUAGGGGGAAACCAUAGUAAGAUAGUAGUGGAACAAAGGAAAAGUGAGUACUAUGAACUUAAAACUAAACUUCAAGGUACACCUGACUACCUUCAGGUUCUGGAGGAACAGACUCAAAUGAGUCAAAUGUAGGCUAUCUAUCCCCUCCCACCCCCCACGCCACCCAACCCAAUGACAAAAGUGCCUUUUGGAAAAGCUUAAUGACCAAUGGAUAAACUGGACAGGAGGCUCCAGUCAGAUAACAUAAUUUCCCGAGAAUCAGUGGCUCUGUUGCAAAUACAGAUUUUCCUCCUGAUGUGGUGAUGCCAUUAUAACAUGUAUUAAUAUCACAUUAUACCGCAAGACAUCCUUAAGAGACAAUUGUAGUAUUUUGCUGCUAUUGAAAUUGGUACUUAUCAGAUUUUUUUUUCAACCAAAUCAUUGGGUCAUGAAAACAAUGUUGACUGUACCUCAUCAUAGCUAGUGACCCUUCUGCAGAGUUUUUGUGGCAAUAUGGGAUCAGUAUUUUAGAUGAAUUAACUAUCAUAUGGUGACUUUACAGUUCUCCUGGGGAUAUAACGUUGUUGGGAUCCCCCACUUGCAGACUUACCAUCUGCCUGGAUUAUAACUGGUCACUGCUGGUCGUUCCUGGGGACCCUGACGCCUUGUUUUCACUAAGAAAAGGCACGUAUAAACCGAACAGCAGAUUUGGAAUGAUUCCAUUACUUGUUUGUGUAAAGAGCCAUGUUAAUAGUGUUUGAAUUAAAUGUGGUUCCUCUGGAUAUGUUUGGGUAUGGGACAUGUCGGGACAUUUUUUUAAGCCCAAGAAAAACAGCUGCUUGCCAUGUAAGCAUACCUGGAUUUAUUUUGUAAGUCUACAUUAUUUGUAUCUGUGGGACAGUUUGUAAAUUACAACAGAAGACAAAACAACUAUACCUAUAAAAUACAAAAAAUUGAGAGAAAAAAAGCAUAAUUAAACAAACUGAAUUUUGAUGACCCCUGUCAAUAUAUAUGAUUGAUGACCCCUGUCAAUAUAUAUAUGAUUGAUGACCCCUGUCAAUACAUAUGAUUGAUGACCCCUGUCAAUAUAUAUGAUUGAUGACCCCUGUCAAUAUAUAUGAUUGAUGACCCCUGUCAAUACAUAUGAUUGAUGACCCCUGUCAAUAUAUAUCAUUGAUAACCCCUGUCAAUACAUAUGAUUGAUGACCCCUGUCAAUAUAUAUGAUUGAUGACCCCUGUCAAUAUAUAUCAUUGAUGACCAACUGUCAAUAUAUCAUUGAUGACCAACUGUCAAUUGGUAGUACAUUUAACUAAUUUAUUUAUUUUUCUAUGCAGGAUUAUUUAAAGAUUAUUGGUACUAUUUAAAAGUGAAAUGGAUAUUUAGAAUGCAUAAGCAAUUCAGGCCCAGAUCUCGAGCCACAAAUUAUUUAUCAGAGUAAAUGUUUCUGUUUUCUGAGUCUUCAUGAACUCUACUGAUGGCCUGAAAGGGGACUAGAGAUCGAUGGUAUUUUCACUAUGAUGGUGCACAAACUGAGGCCUGAUUAGUAUUUGAAGUUUAACAAUUUCCUUAUUCUUGUAUCCCACAGUAUCUUGUAAAAGGUUUCUUAUUAACAUUAUGCAACCAAAAUAAAUUUGCAUUAAAGUGAUACGAUUCUGGAUGGUUUGACUGUGGUACCAUGGUAAUGGAUUAGAAAGGUAGUGUGUGAGAUAUGUUCAAUUUAUCUUUGGAAGAAAAUUAUGUGGCUAUGAAUUUGUUUUAUAUACUAGCUACUGAUCUGGACAGAAUCAUAUAAAACACCAUGUGCAAUAUUAAUAUGCUCAAUCAUAAUAGCUUAAAUCCUUUAGUUGAUUUAUUAGUUCAAGGUAAUAUUGUUAUUUCAAAUUAUUUUAUCCACUUUAUUUUACCAAGUCCUUAUUUAAAGUAUUGUUAAGUUAAUGAGUGUUUGAAAUACAAAUGAAUAGAAUGUACCUUGAAAGAUAUGAUAAAUACAAUGUUCUAUCAGUCAGCAGAAUACUGUAUAUUGGUUAGUUUUUAUUGUAUAAACCUGUUGAAGUCAAGGUACCUAUCUGCACUGUGUUUUCCUUUUCCUCAAGAAAAUGUCAUCUUGUUUCCUCAGUCGUCUAAGUUGCUUUAUAAAUAAAGCCUUGAAUGCUCAA